AUGGACAAGGAAAAUUUGGCCGAAGGAUAUACCGACAAAGUUAAAUCAAAGUACGUCAAAGGUGGUAAAACAAAACUCCUUCCGAAACAAGUUGGUGAUAAUAGUACCUUAUGUAAAAGAAACCAUUUAAGACGGAAUCAAGCAAGCUCUUCUAAAGAUCCCUUACCUGCAAAUACGUCUGUUAGAGGGUUAUCUUUGUAUCGUCAAUUGGUUUGUGAGUUUGAUAGAGCAGCUGACCCACAACCGAAUGUUUCAGACAUAUUUGAAGUCGCUGAGUUAAUAGAAGAGGUCUAUCUCGGUGACGCUUCAUAUGUAUGUUGCUACUGUUCUGCUUUGAUGUGGUAUGACGAACGGCUGGCAAAAAGUAAGCACUCAUUAAAUCCAAAAUUCACAAGGUGUUGUAUGAAAGGGAAGGUAGUGCUGCCAUUUCUAUCAAAACCACCUCUUCUUUUAUAUAAUCUGCUUCAUGGUAUAGAUCCCCGAUCGAAACACUUUAAGGAAAAUAUUAGGGCAUAUAAUAGUAUGUUUGCCUUUACUUCGAUUGGUGGAAAGGUGGAAACGGCUGUCAACAAUGGAGGGGGCCCACCCCAAUUUGUCCUCAGCGGUCAAAAUUAUCACCGGAUAGGUACCCUAUUACCUCAACCCGGCGAAAUGCCGAAAUUUGCUCAACUAUAUAUAUAUGACACUCAGAAUGAAAAUGCAAAUAGAAUGAAACCGUUUAAUUCAUUAAAGGAAGCUGAUAAAUUGGAUAUAUCAUUAGUUGAUGAAUUGAAGCAAAUGAUUGAUGAGAGUAAUGUUUUGGCUAAAUCAUUUCGCAAAGUGAGAGAUUAUAUCAAUUAUACACAAGGUUCAGCGUUUGCUUUGAGACUUUUUCGCAAACGAGGUAAGGACCCUAGAACAUAUAACCUUCCCACGUCUGAUGAAAUAGCUGCACUUAUUGUAGGGGAUUUUGACACAGUAGAAGUUGGCAGAGAUAUCAUUGUAAAAAAAGAGGGGGUUCUAACUAGGAUUCACGAAACUCACACUUCGUUUAUUCCAUUACAAUAUCCGUUGAUGUUUCCUUUUGGUGAAGAUGGUUGGCAAGAAGAUAUCCCUUUAUCUGGUAUUGCUGCAUCAACUAGCUCUCGAGUCAAACCUCGCGUCACAUUGAGGGAAUUCAUAUGCUUCAGAAUACAAGAGAGGAAUAAUGAAAAUGAGAAUGUUUUAUUAUGUCGAAGGCUUUUUCAACAGUUUGUGGUUGAUUGUUAUACAAUGUUAGAAUCUCAAAGGCUUUCAUAUCUUCGCAACAACCAAAAACUUAUUCGAGCUGAUUUUCUAAGUGGUCUUGAAGAAGCCAUGUCUAGGGGUGAAACUGACCCGAGUUCUUUAGGGACGCGUAUUGUGUUACCGGCAUCAUUUGUUGGUGGGAAACGGUAUAUGUUUGAUUGUUUCCAAGAUGCAAUGGCUAUAUGCAAGCGCUUUGGUUAUCCCGAUCUUUUCAUUACUAUGACCUGCAAUUCUUUGUGGAAAGAAAUUGACAGGUUUGUUCGAGAACGAAACCUACGAGCUGAUGAAAGACCUGAUGUUUGUUGUCGAGUGUUUAAAAUCAAGCUAGACCACUUAAUAGCAACGCUGCAGAGUGGUAUUAUUUUUGGUCCUCUACAAGCAGGGAUGUAUACAAUUGAAUUUCAGAAAAGAGGAUUACCACACGCGCAUAUUUUGUUAUGGCUUGGCAAGGAGAACAAGUUAGUUACAACAUCUGACAUUGAUAAAUGCAUAAGCGCUGAAAUUCUUGACAAGAAGGUAUAUCCUAAAUUAAACAAAGUUGUAUCUACUUAUAUGCUGCAUGGCCCGUGCGGUCCUGGUUAUGGUAAAUCUCCUUGCAUGGCAAAUGGAAAAUGCAGCAAAUUUUUUCCUAAGAAAUUCCAAGAAACCACAUUAAUUGAUGAAGAGGGUUAUCCUAUAUAUAAAAGGAGAGAUUCAGGAAUUUAUGUUGAGAAGAAAGGGAUUCGCAUGGACAAUAGUUACGUUAUCCCUUACAAUCCUCAACUUCUGAUGCUAUACAAUGGUCACAUCAAUGUAGAAUACUGCAACAAGUCAAAUGCGAUCAAAUACCUGUUCAAAUAUGUCAGCAAAGGGCCAGAUAGAGUAAAUGUUGAGAUUUCCAAUCACAAAAAUGAUUCCACAGAUCCUGAGGUGAAAGACGAGAUUAAGCAAUAUUAUGAUUGCAGAUAUUUGACUCCAUGUGAAGCUGUUUGGCGGACCUUCGGCUAUUACAUUCAUGUUAAGUGGCCGUCGGUUAAGAAAAUGACCUCUCACCUACCAAAUAAGCAAAGUGUUUGUUUUAGAGAUCAUGGUGAUUUGAACCACAUUGUUGAAAAAGCCUCUGAUAAAGACACUAUGUUUAUAGCGUGGAUGAAAGCCAAUGAUAUCUAUGAAGAGGGAAAAGCCUAUACAUAUGCAGAGUUCGCAUCAUAUUUUGUUUAUGAUGAGGACAACCAAACAUGGCAUCCAAGGAAAAAAGGACACUCUAUUGGAAGACUCCAAUAUAUCCCUCAUGGAGUUGGAGAACUUUACUACUUGAGAGUUCUACUAACUAUACAGAAAGGUUGCACAAGUUGGGAGAGCAUUCGAACCAUUGAUGGUGUUGUAUGUCCAUCAUUUCAAGACGCAUGUUAUGCAUUAGGAUUGUUAGCUGAUGACAAAGAAUUUAUAGAUGCAAUAAUUGAAGCAAAUGAUCUAGCAUCAGGUAUUCAGCUUCGGAAGUUCUUUGUCAUGUUGCUUACUACAAACACUAUGAGCAAGCCUGAAUUUGUGUGGGAGAAAAGUUGGAGGAUUUUAGCUGACGGGAUAGUUUAUGAAAGGAGGAAAAAGCUACGCAUUCCAGAUCUACAUGUAAAUGAUGAGGAUCUGAGAAAUCUUUGUUUAGCAGAACUGGAGAAGUUGCUGAAUAUGAAUGGAAGGUCAUUAAAAGAUUAUUCAUGCCUCCCCUUUCCUGAUUUAUUUGAUGCCAGCCAGUAUGAGAACAAAUUAGUAGCUGAUGAGUUGAAUUAUGAUAGAGCUGAGAUGGAAGGUUUGCACGAUUCAUUACUCAAUUCACUAACUUCAGAACAACAACAAAUAUACAAGUCCGUAAUGGAUGCUGUUAAAAGUAAGGUUGGAGGUCUGUUUGUUUUAUAUGGAUUUGGAGGUACUGGUAAAACGUAUCUGUGGAAUACGUUAUCUGCUGCAGUAAGGGCACAAGGGUUGAUUGUAUUAAAUGUUGCUUCAAGUGGAAUUGCAUCAUUACUUCUACCUGGGGGAAGAACUGCGCAUUCUCGAUUUUCUAUUCCCAUUUCUAUAAAAGAGAGCUCAACUUGCAAUGUGGCGCAGGGUUCUUUAAAAGCAGAGUUGUUACAAAAAACAAGUCUGAUCAUAUGGGAUGAAGCACCAAUGCUUAAUAGAUUUUGUUUUGAAGCCCUGGACAGGACUUUAAAUGACAUAAUGAAGUCGCACCCAAGUGGUACUAAUGGCAUGCCUUUUGGUGGUAAAGUUGUUGUGUUGGGGGGAGACUUCAGGCAAAUAUUGCCAGUUAUACAGAAAGGAAGUCGCUGUGAUAUAGUGAAUGCGACCAUAAAUUCGUCAUAUCUUUGGAAGAAGUGUUCUGUUCUUAAAUUGACAAAAAACAUGAGGCUGACAAGUUCUCAAUCCCUUGAUGAAAACAUGGAGAUUACAAAGUUCGCUGAUUGGCUACUGGACAUUGGUGAUGGGAAAUUGAAUCCAAAUGGGGAUGGAGAAUCUAUCAUUCAGAUACCAGACGACCUUCUUAUUCUUGACUCAGAUAAUCCAAUUCAAAGUUUGAUUGAUUUUUCUUACCCUCAUAUGUUGGAGAACUUGAGAAAAAAGAACUACAAAUUCUUUGAAGAACGUGCUAUAUUGGCCCCCACUUUAGAAAGUGUAGAAGCAAUCAACAAUGAGAUGCUAUCUAAAAUACCAGGAGAGGUUAGAGAAUAUUUGAGUUGUGAUUCUACUUGCAAGUCAGAUGAAGAUUCCGAGGUUGAAGCAGAGUGGUUCACAAGUGAGUUCUUGAAUAAUAUUCAAUGUUCCGGCAUACCAAAUCACAAAUUGACUUUAAAGGUCGGUGUCCCUAUCAUGUUGUUGCGCAACAUUGACCAAGCAGGUGGACUUUGUAAUGGCACAAGAAUGAUUGUUAAGGAAUUGGGCAAAAAUGUCAUUGUUGCAUAUGUUGUUUCUGGGAAGCAGUUAGGGGGGAAGGUGCUUAUAUCUAGAAUGGAUUUAGUUCCUUCCGACUCCGGUGUUCCAUUUAAAUUUGUCAGGCGACAAUUUACAAUCUCUUUAUGUUUUGCAAUGACUAUUAAUAAAAGCCAAGGUCAGACGCUAUCUCAUGUCGGUUUGUAUCUACCCAAACCAGUGUUUACUCAUGGUCAGUUAUAUGUGGCACUAUCAAGGGUAAAGUCAAGAAAAGGUUUGAAAAUUUUGAUUUUGGAUGAAGAUGGGUUAAUCUCGACUGUGACAAAAAAUGUGGUAUACAAGGAGGUUUUUAAUAAUCUUUGA